CCUUGCUAAUAUCUCGUGGGUGUCGGACGACUCUCGAAUACUCCAACAUCUUUGCGUAAACAUGAUCGUCCUUUGUCAUUUUUGUGACCAAAACGUGUUAUCGGUGAAUGGACGUUAAAUCUAUGAAUGAAAUGUUCGUCUCACUGUUGAAUGUGACUUGUGUUAUGUGUAGCAAAAAAUAAGACACAAGAAGCAUAAAAGUAGUUAGUUUUUGGUUUAUUAUCUGACCAUGAGCCAUGACCAAAACCCAUGUCAUGGUGAAUUAGAGGUUGGAUUUUAUUGUGCUUUGUGUCGCUACAUAGUGUGAUUGAACAGUCAUUGCGUCCGUUCUGUGAUUGUGUUGUGGGAGGAAUUUUAAUUUAAUGUUUACAUCUGGGUACUUGAAGUUAGCGGAUGACUUUAAUAUUGCUUAUAGGUACUACUUCAAAUCUUAAUUAGAAUUGUGAUUUCCAACGAAUAAUCACGAAUUUCUUUUAAAGUCACGCAGUAUUCCGACAACAUUUUUCCGAGGAUUUUCCUUAGUCAGUUAAAACUUAUUGUUUUACGAUUAACAUUGGUUAAUCAGCACGUCGUUAACAUCAGGAUAUUGUUGCGUUAACGGCUUACUAAAACCUACAAAGUUAUUAAUCGCUUCUACACGACUCCAAAAAUCUUACUCGUUUCGCGUCACGCAUUAUUGAUGACCACUGUUAUCUCUAAAAUUAGUGGUUAUUCUUAGCUCAUACACGUUAACGCAAUCUUGAUUCGAUGUUCCCUUUAUACACCGCAAGUGGAAUUCCCUGAUUGAGUAACCGAGACCGAGACAGCCUCUUAACACCAUUGCGAAGCCGGCUCACCUGUCGCCAGCACCUACGUCGCGUUUAGUCGUUUAGAGAAUUAAUACAAAAUAAAUGACUGUCGCCUCGUUAGUUAAAAUUGGAGAAACCAAACAAAUGACAGUCGCGUGCUAGCAGCGCCCGAGGAUGUACACAAUAGUGUUGUUGGUGUUAAUCGCGCAGACUGUAGCCGGUCGUGUAGAAUGUGAUAUCGAAAACAGUGUGGACAUAUCGACAGGGAAACGUUUAUCUAACGGGGACAUUUUAUACCAGAAUGAAAUUUACAAUAGACACCAAUAUUACAUCGAUAACGAAACUUUACGUGAAAGAGGAUGUGUUUGUUUGAAAAAAACUUGUAUCAGAAAAUGUUGUCCUGUGGGGCAGGGAUACACCAAGAAGGCUUGUGUGGAUGUGGCUGAACCGUUCGAUCCCCCAAUAUGGAAUGACCAUGUACCACAGAGAGGGAUGAACGUGUCCAGGUUCGGCCUGGUGUCCGGGAUAGUGAAGUGUAGGGAGAAUAUGGUGAGACUGAAGAUAAACGGAACAGUGAAGGGAGACUUUCGCCUAUUGGUGGACGGAAGGCUGUUCAUCCAAGUGCCAGGCAGUGUCAACCCCUGGCUGAAGCGGGAAACUGACGAGUACUGCAUAGACAGCUUCAUACAAGAACAUGAGGAUGGAUCGACUAGUACCAAGCUGGACGCACUGGUGUGCUUCCCUCAAGAUGAAGAAGAUAGCUCGAAUUACGUCGUCAGUUCCACUUGUAUGCUGAUCUCGUCAGCGUUCUUCAUCGUGACCAUAGCGGUGUACGCGCUGCUGCCUGAGCUGCAGAACCUGCACGGACGGGUGCUGAUGGUCUACCUCGCCUGCAUGUGCGUGGGCUUCACCUUCCUGGCCGCCAUGCAGAUUAUGAUCACCGUCAAUAACACCACGAUCACGAUCUGCAUUGGACUCACAUUCGUGAUCUACUUCGCUCUGCUGUCUGCUUUUUUCUGGCUUAACGUCAUGUGUUUCGACAUUUGGUGGACUUUUAGUGGCAAGCGGGGUCUGUCUUUCGAGAAGCUAUCGAUGCGCGCGCGUUUCUGCGCGUACGCAGCGUACGCCUUCGGGUUCCCGACCGGCUUGACGAUAAUCCUAGCAGCGCUCGAGUUCUCCGGGCUACCCUCGCACCCAGCCAUGCCCAUGUUGAGACAACAGGGAUGCUUCCUUCACGGCACAAGUAAAUUGCUGUACCUGUAUGGCCCCAUGAUGAUCCUUUGCGUAGCCAACAUCGUGUUUUUCAUACUGACCGCGUGGAAGAUCAACCAGAUUAAACAACAGACGCAGAAGACCCUCAAGUCUAAGGACAGCGCUACUACAGACCAGCACCGGAAUGACAGGCAAAGACUACUUCUCUACGUAAAACUCUUCACUAUAAUGGGCAUCAACUGGAUCUUGGAGAUAAUCAGUGGCCAAUACCCACAGACCAACAUAGUGUUUCGCAUCAUUGACGUCUACAACGUCAUGAUCGGCGUGUUCAUCUUCAUCAUCUUCGUCUGCAAGCGCAAAAUCUUCCGCCUGAUGAAAAAGAGGUUCAAUGAAACAUUUCGCAUCUCACACAGCGAUAGUGGAGACAGGCCGAUAGGCCACAGGGACGUGAGGAAUUGGAAGGCAUAUCAGCAGCAAAGAGGCAGUCUUGAUACAGUACAACCAGAUGCGCGGGAAGCCCAUGUCCCGCACACAGACGCAAACCACCUCGACACGCACGCUGUCCUCCCGAGAUGAUGUCCGCAUGAACUCUGUCAAGAAUAACCAGCAACUUUGAGUCCUCUGAAUGGUCUUGAUGUAGCGACAUUUGCUGAAGUCGAGGUUUGCUACAGCAGAAAUU